GCCUUUUCCAUUCAACUGGCUCGCUGGUGUUCGAACUUCGUUACUCUAUUCUACGAAAGUGCGUUGUUACGGAAUGGGCUCCUUUAGUUAUCUCAGGUGCGUCGUUUCUUAUCAACUCUGAAUCGUCCCCAACUGUUCCCAAAACCUCUGAGCUAACAUAUCCUAGUAUCAUAUUUCCAACCCGAUCACUUUUCGCUGGAAUAACAUAAAUUGGAGGCUCAUGCUGGUCUCUUGUUGUCCCCUACUCUUUCUACUUUUUGGACGGUCUCCCUUUAGCGGUCUAAAAAGGGGAUAGGGAUACAAAUGCUGAUCAAAGUGAUUUCCAGCCUUGUAAGUUUAAGGUGCAUAUUGAACCACCGAAAAUACUCGCGGAGCUUGACAAAGUGGUUACACACGUUUCUCCACCUCGCAUAGUCGCGCAACGUGUGGAACCGAUCAACAGUCAACGUGAGGCGCAAGCAAUAGACCAUGAAUUGUUCACCGAAUACGGUUUUUCUGUUGAUCAAUUGAUGGAGCUUGCUGGGUUGAGCUGUGCUACUGCUAUCGCUGAGGCAUAUCCUCUCCAAACGCUACCACUUUCCAACGGAUCUCUCAUCGUCUGCUGCGGACCUGGAAAUAACGGUGGGGACGGCCUCGUUUGUGCUCGGCAUCUCAAGCAUUUUGGUUACAGUCCGGCAGUGUGUUACCCCCGCACACCUUCUAAGCAGUUGUACAAAAAUCUACUGUUGCAGUGUGAAAAGAUGAACAUGCCCGUCGUGCAAACACUGCCACCAGAUCUGGAUUCUUCUUACAAUCUGAUUGUGGAUGCACUGUUUGGAUUUGGCUUUAAACCACCCGUUAGCACGGAAUUUCGAGAAUUGCUGGAUCGUAUGAGUCAAACUAAGCGGCCUGUUGUCUCCAUUGACGUACCCUCGGGUUGGGAUGUGGAAGCCGAUGUUGGGGGAGUGGACGCUGGUGCUCUUAAUCCGGACUGUUUGAUCUCACUGACUGCGCCAAAGCUGUGCGCUAGGGCCUUCCGUGGGCGGUACCACUUCUUAGGCGGCAGGUUUGUUCCCCAACAGUUAGCAGCCAAAUACGGACUCCGAUUGCCUAACUAUCCUGGAACUCAGCAGUGCGUUCAAUGGCCAACGGACAUCUCCUGAAAAUGACUCAUUAUUAGAGUUUGUCUUCCGUCGUCUUCUAUUCUUUGGUGUAUUCACUCCUCUUUUACCUUAAUAAGAAUCUCCUUUCGUCUUCUGUGCAUUUCGCGUGGCUGGUUACUCCAAUCGGAUGCAUUGUCGCGCUGUUUAUCUUGACUUCACCUAUGGAAAGACG